AUGUAUCACAUUCUUGGACAGCGCUCCUAUAAUGUCAUCUUUCCAAAGCUCCGUGUACCAGUUUAUUUAAUGUGCCAGCCCAAUGAGAAAUUCAAAGUUUCCGAUGCAAUUAUUCGGGGCUCCAUGCUUACCGAAAUGGCUAAAGAAACUCCUCUGUUAUUUGGAAGAGAUUUCACCUCCAUGAACAGGAUAGAGACUUGUGCUGCGCCAUUGGCGCAAUCGACGAAAAGCACACUGGAGAGAUUGGGCAUUGGACGGGUGACGCGAAAGAAGACCAGGUUUGAGAUUUUUGACGCAUUGGAAUUUGUCUUAGGCUCGGACUUAUCACUGGCCACGAUAGGACGGCGCCCUCGAUAUCCGAAUCUGUUGGGCAGUUGCAUGCCAAUCUUGAAGGCAGGUGAUUCUACGCAACUUCUUAAUCGCAAUACCGUUGGGGAUAUCUGGAUACGAGCCCCAAGUCAGAGUAUUGGAUACUAUCGAAAUGCAGAGGCUACGAAAGAAUCCCACAGCUCCGAUGGGUGGAUCUUCACUGGAGAUGUCGGGUAUGUUGAUGAGAUGGGGAACUGGUAUAUCGUGGAUCGUAAAAGGUUUAUAAAAACGCUGACGUUGUACCAGGACCUUAUCAAAGUCAAUUGCAAUCAUGUGGCACCAACUGAGCUGGAAGCUACUUAA